AAAGAUCAAAUCUCCAUGGAUUGGCUCUUUAAAGAACUUGCAAGUAAUCAAAAUUUGAAGGAGAAUUUUGGUUAUAUAAUUUUGAAAGGUCUGGAGAGAUUACCUAGUAAGGAGAUCAAGAAUGAACUUAGUGAAAUUACAUUAACCACAAAUUAUUUAGAUUGUAUAAUGAAGGGUACCUUCCAUCAUCCGGACAAACACAACGUCCAAUGGCCUAAUACGGCUCUAAAUGAAAUCCACCAUCACAAAGAAACAACGUGUACAAAAACUGCAAUGAUCUCAUUCGAAUUGGUGUGCUCAUAUGAUAAAGGUGCAGAUAUCAGUGUAAUAGGUUUUCAAUGUGUUGGCUUGUCUAUAAAGUAA